AAUGGAUAGCACCUCUAGAUCUCCCCAAGAUCAAGCUAAAAGCAGCAGGGAAACUCCUACAGGAAUAUUAAGACUCGACUUUGGAAAACCGCGACGAUUUUCAUCAGAAUUUAAGAUGCCAAUACAGGGCGAACCAACAUCUCCGCAACCUUCCAUUGAUCGACUUUCCGUAACGUUUGCCGAAGACUCCGUGAGAAGCGAUAGUUCCACCAGAAACAAUUACUUUAACCCUCCAUCAAGCAAAAUGGAGAAAGUUCACUUUCCGCAACCAACAGACGGUGAAGAAUCAGAUGCUGAAGAUUAUUCUGCAAGUGUGAAUGCAAUUAUCCAAAGAAGAGCUUCGACUAGAAGAACAAAAAGAAGAAACAGUAGGCGAGCUAGUUCGCCGUUUAGUCCAGAUGUAUUACCAGGGACAGAAACUGUAAGAAGAUCUUCUGUAUUUACGACUAGUUCUGGAGACACUGCUAUAACAAUGGAUGAAAAUUUAAACACUGAAGUGACGCAAGAAGAAAUUUUUGAAAAUAUUAAACUCCACAAAGAAGUUUUAAGUAGUGUAAAAAUGCAACCAUGGAAUAUGAGAAAAAAAAUUAAACUUGUUGUUCAAGCUAAGGCUUAUAUUAAAAAACACGAAGGAGCACUUCAAGAGAGAUUAGCUCAAAGUCAUUCUACAAGAGAUAUGCUGGCUAGGUGGAACAUAUAUCUAAUUAAGGUAAUUUUAAAACAUUAG